AUGGGCACCAGUGGAAUUAUUGUCUUUGUUCUAGGAACACAACGUCGAGCAGUGUAUUGCCAUUUCGAUUCUUACCCUGAAGGUCUUGGUCGCGACAUAGUUAGAUUCAUUCUCGGAUUGAAGCCCGAGCAAUUCUCGAUAAUGCAUCGACGUCUUCAAGAGAUCGAAUGGGUCAAGGAAACUGUCGCAGCUCCGAAGGAUCUUCAACAGAAAUAUCGCAAGCUGGGCUACUCCAAGCCAAGCGGCGAUGAACGAGAGACACAGUGGUAUUGGAUUCUUCGAGGUGUACAAGGAGGAGAUGCGCUAUUGCCAAUCUUGAAUGGUGAUCUUAAGCAUUUGGUGGAAGUGGAAGUUGAUUUCAACAAUCCUUUUGCGGAAUAUUCGUACUUUCUCGAUUUCCAGAAGAGGACGUUGGAGACGUGGUGUUGCGAAAAGAUGGUUCAUACAGUGAGCUUUCAGGCGUUGGCAGAUUCGGAGCAGGAUUGUAUGGAGGUGCUACAGAAGAAAUUGAUGGAGGAGGAGUAA